AUAAAUAUCUCUUAUCCACUUCCCGUCCGGCCCAUGUAGAUAAAUGGCCGGACGGGAUCGCUGCCGAUGCGGGUGGACGUUUCUAAAUGUCCUCCCACAUCCAUUGUCUGUGCACGCUCCCUGGGAGCGUGCGGCACCGCUAUCGGUGCCCACUUUGUCCUCCAGACACAGUGGAACACCGAUCGCUGUAUGGGACCUCUGUGCGAGGUCCUGAUUUAUGUGGUCACUGAUUGGCCAAUCAGUGAUCACAUGAAUAGUAGUAAGCAAGAUGUCACUUCCUGACAUCAUUGCUUACUACUUGUGAAAUCUGUGAAUGGUCACAGAGGUCACAUGGUACAAGGCUAUUCACAACAGCCUUGUACCA